AUGGGUGACCGAAGGCGAGCCGGUUCCGACUACAUAUGGGACCUGAUCAUCUUCCUGGGCAUGACCGGCACCGCCUGGUUUCUUACCAAGAACAUUGUGUCGAGCUUGCAAUCCACCCUUGCCGAUCCGGAGAAGGAGAAGCAAGAACAGGCUAGGAUCAAGGCCAAGGCCAACCUCCAGCGACUACAGAGACCGAGAGGAGCCGACGACGGCGAUGAGUGCGACCCGAGUACUGGCGCCCCGCGUGGGCCGCGUAUAGAAGACCUGCAGCUCAACGAGUACGAGAACAUGGUCGCCCUCGAAGUCGUUGCGCCUGAGGACAUCCCCGUCGGAUUCGACAGCAUAGGCGGUCUGGACGAUAUCAUUGAGGAGGUCAAGGAGUCGGUCAUCUACCCCCUGACGAUGCCUCACCUCUACACGCAGGGAGGCUCCCUCCUGUCCGCUCCCUCCGGAGUGCUCCUCUACGGUCCUCCCGGGUGCGGCAAGACCAUGCUGGCCAAGGCCGUCGCUCACGAGAGUGGCGCGUCCUUCAUCAACCUGCAUAUCUCGACCUUGACCGAAAAGUGGUACGGAGAUUCCAACAAGCUUGUCCGCGCCGUCUUCUCUCUGGCCCGCAAACUGCAGCCCGCCAUUAUCUUCAUCGAUGAGAUUGAUGCAGUCCUCGGAACCCGGAGAAGCGGCGAGCACGAGGCGAGCGGUAUGGUUAAGGCUGAAUUUAUGACUUUAUGGGACGGUCUGACGUCGGCCAAUGCACGCGGUGCCCCGGCGAGAAUCUGUGUACUGGGCGCAACCAACAGGAUACACGACAUAGACGAGGCCAUUCUGCGCAGAAUGCCCAAGAAGUUCCCCGUCUCUCUACCAGACAAGAGCCAAAGACUGAGGAUAUUGCAACUCAUUCUCCAGGACACCAAGACCGACCCCAACAACUUCAACAUCGAGUACAUUGCAAGAGUCACGGCUGGCAUGUCAGGAAGCGACAUCAAGGAAGCCUGUAGGGAUGCCGCCAUGAUUCCGGUCAGGGAGUACAUCCGCGAGCACAAGGCAAGCGGCAGCGCCAUGGCGAGCAUCGACCCGAAGCGCGUCCGAGGCAUGAGGACGGAAGAUUUCUUUGGCCGGAAAGGUGGAGGGCAGAUUCUGAUGAAGAACCACAGCCAGGCCAAGUCGGCCAAAUCGUCGAGCGACGAGUAUGAAGACGUUGACGACGACGAGACACCAGCCGUCCAGCAAGUUGCCUGA